UAUUGUAUCUAGUGUUUCUUCAUUCCGCAAGUGGCGCUGAUUGAUCAAGUAUUAAAAGUGCAAUUGACGCCAUCAGAAUACUAUCUUAUCAACAAUCUUUCGUUUUACAAAUUUACGAAAUUCGCCACCAAGACGCUGCGAUCGUAUCCAAGAUAUUUUUCUAUCUCUCCAAGAACUUGGUAAUAAGAGCAUAAUGGGACAACUCGACUCGUGUUUUUACGUCUCUAGUUCAAAUUGUCCUUAUUAUUAUCCUCGAUUAUUCUUGUUGUCCAUAUUCCUCAUCAAUAUUUCGGACUCAGUGUAACAUAAUGCACGAAGGUGAGUGCUACUAAUCAAGGAGAAGCAAGUAUGGCGCGUCCCAAACACAGAGCGAGCGCGGACGUGUGCGCUGAUUGCGGAGCACUUGAACCAGGAUGGGCAUCGAUAAAUAGAGCUAUUUUAUUAUGUGACGAUUGCUGUGGGAUUCAUCGUAGUCUAGGACGUCAUAUAUCGCGUAUCAAAUCAUUACAUAAGAGUGUCUGGAAUCCACAUCUGUUAAAUAUGGUGCAAACGUUAAACGAUAAUGGAGCUAACAGUAUUUGGGAACACUCCCUGCUAGAUCCUAGCAACUCCAAGAUUAACAGAAGAAAACCACAACCUAAGGAUCCUUUACAUCCAGUAAAGGCUGAUUUUAUCAAGGCAAAGCAUCAACAUUUGGCCUUUAUAUUACGGCCGAGUAAGGAAGAAUAUUGUACUGUGGAAGAACUCAGUAGACAGUUACACAGCAGCGUUCGUACAAGUAAUUUAGAAACUUCAUUGAGACUACUAGCACAGGGUGCCAAUUCUAAUUAUUUUUAUAAGGAAAAGGGAACUACACCUUUACAUGUCGCAGCUCGUGCUGGACAAGUUCUUCAAGUAGAACUUUUAAUAACUAAUGGUGCAAAUCCGAGUGUAGUUGAUUUAAAUGGACAGAUAGCUGCUGAUAUUGCUAAGAUGGCAGGGCAUAUAGAUUUAUCUGAACGCAUAAUCGAAUGCAUGUAUGAAGUAACGGAUAGACUGACAUAUCACAUAUGCUCUCGUAAACCAAGUCAUCGAGGUGAUGAACAUCUCAUAAACUCUGAUCUAGCUUCUUUUUUAGACAAAAAUGAGUUAGCUUUAGAAGGAAGAAGCAGAUUACAAAUGUUGCCAAAUCAUUUGCUGGAGGAAUUAGCCAUGGAUGUUUACGAUGAGGUGGAUCGUCGGGAAACAGAAGCAAUCUGGUUUUCAACUGCAUCCUUUCCGGAGAAAUGUACUGUUCCAUUUCUGCCAGUUAAUCCACAAUUGUCAUCUACUAGAAAUCAAGGAAGACAAAAAUUAGCGAGAUUCACACCAAAGGAAUUUAUCACUCUUAUAGUAGAUUUACUGGCAGAGGCAAGUCGGAGACAUACACCUAUCAACAAUACUCUUCAAAAUCCUGCAAUAUCUAUACUUCGUAAAGAACAACUCGGUAAACAUGGGUCCCAAGUGUCCGAUGAUGAACCCUUAUAUGACAGUGUUGCAUCUGAUGAUGAUUAUACCGCUCUAACAUCUACAGAUAAUAUUUCAUCUGAUAUUUCGAAUCAACUUAAAACUAAUGAGGAAGCAUUGACACCGAUUGCUAAGGGUCUUCCAUCCGUGGUAGAAGUUUAAAAACAAUUGACCUUAUCUGAAUCGACUGUACGAGAUCUCCGUGAGCAGAUACAUACCUUGCAAAGUGUGGUCGAACAACUCACUCAAGAGAACAGCGAAUUAAAGCAUAUGCUACAAAUCAAAGGUUCUGGUGAUGGCGACAUAAACGGACACAUUGGUGGGGAACAAGAACCUGAAUUAGAACCAGUACACGAUAUCAAAACGUCUAUUAUACGUGGAAAUCAACGACCAGCAUCUAUGUACGAGACUAGAGAAGGUUUACGGAAACCAGCGUCGUGGUCAACAACUAUAUGUCAAACAAAACGCGACACCGAAACAUUAUCACGGAAUAAUACGCAGAGUUUGUGGGAAUGUGGUGCGCCUAAUUUACCACCCAGCGAGGAAGUAACUCGACGAACGGAACAGGUUACCAGGCGAAUCCAAGAGCUGUGGAUGGCUAUGCAAGAUCCGAAUCAACGAGAAGCCUUUGUUCCUUGCGCUGAGAGAAUUCGCGUUGCUGUUGCCGAGUUAACCGCUAUAUUUCCUCAGAAUCCAAUUGAAGAAAAUAUCAGAUCUGCUUUACGUCAAUUAAAUGGUAAUACUGGGAGACUUCAGGCAGAAUGUUCCGGUCUUCAAAGAUGCAGUGAUGCCGAGCACAUGGAUCGUUGUCUGCAACAGGUACGUUCAUGCGCUUAUGAUAUUGCCAAAGCAACUAAGCUACUUGUUACACAAUUUCAAAUAUAAAUGUAUCUUAGUAUAUCUUGCG